GAAAGCGAAAAACAUAGGAAAGCGAUGCUUGCUGAAUGAACAAGACGAUGGAUUAGUUCCUGAAAGUCACUCUACUUGGAUUGAUAAUGAUUUUGUUGAGGAGCGGUUUGAAUUCGUUACUUUUCACGACAGCCUGACGCCAGCCUGACUUCUGGCUUGCAGUAGAGCUCUCCUUCCGAUCCUGUCAAUGGUCUCAGAUUUGAAAGAAAAAUACUCGAACAGUGAUAUCUAUACAUCGCUUGUGGAAGGAAUGGGCGAGUGCUGGCAAUCACUCAGUCUUCGCAAGUAGAGAAUGUCCCUGCUGAUUACCAGCUGAGAGACAGCUAUUCUGUGCUGUGAAACGAAGGGACGAUUCUUGAAGUGGAAGAACAAUCGUACAUGUACUAGAUGUGCUGAUCUACUUGUAUGCAAUGUCACCCACAGUGUGUACAAACCUGUAGGCUAAAGCCGGUGUUACACUGGGGUUUUCUGGAUCUUCAAAGCACCAGAAGUAGUAUGUGUACUAUUGAAAGCGCCCAUUCCGUCUUGGAGGUGUGCAUCACAUUGACAUUGUGCAUGCGGUCUUUUACUAGUACAUGUGUUUGGUCAGAGUCUCAUCUCUGUGUGUGUCUGUCUCUCUGUUUGCUUGUGUGUCGGUGUGUGUGUGUGCGCGUGCGCGCGCAUAUGUGCUUAUGUGUCUUCAUGUGUGAGCAGUGUGUACUUUGAAUGUGCCGUGCACAACUGUUUUGUGUGUGUGUAUGAGCUUGCAAUUGCCUUGCAUGCGCUUUGAACAUGUGUUCAUGUACGUGCUCCGCAGGACUUGUGAUUUUGCCUGACCUUUGAAACCAAUUGGACUGCCUGCCCUGGCAAGGGACUCUUAUUGCCUAGCUUCUUGUUAUGGCGGCAUCAACAGUAGCACGUAACGCCACCUGACCUGUCGUUGCUUCACAGCUGCUGCUUUCUCACUCCCGCUGUAUCAGUUCGGCGUAUUGCCCAGCUGCACCGUGUAGCCGUGUUGUGAAACAGCAUACCGGUGCUCCCUGCUCAGUAGCUGUUGUCAGUACCAGGAACUUGGUGAGUGUAGCGGACACAGGUAGUGGCGAGUACACUGCGUCGCUGGUGACACACCGUCACUGGAAAUGCCCCGCGUCACGCAGUGCAGCGCGUCACUAUUCCGCUCCACCACGUGUCACAAACGCAGCGUUGCAAGGGCUGCUAGCGCAAGUGCAGCGUCUCCAGCAUGCUAGCAGGAACAGCGCAGCAACAGUGGCGGAGCACUGAGCCCGGAGCAGAGGUCCCGAUUGGCUUCCGCUUGUCAUAUGCUGUGCGCUGCGAUCGGGUCGUUGCUCAGCACCAUCCCUUACUUGCUGCAGCAAUGUUCCCGCUACAAUACUUACCCGGGUGUAGCCAGCAACGGACUGCGAUCUAGUGUAUCCAUAUUCUCCACGUGUACAUUGGUGCUUGAUGACAUCAUCAAGUCACUGCUUACCUCAUCGAAUACUAGGAGAGAUUUCGCACAGGCUGUGUCAGCACUUGAAGAACAUUCAGAGCUGCUCAGGGAUCACGCGCAGCUUUUUAAAGUCAUUUACGCUGUCGUGCAAGUGGACAAGACUGGCGACCUGAUCGUUGAUCAUACUCAGUUUCCGGACGACUUUCUGGACACUGCUGAGAGUAUGGAGCGGAGAAGCUUCUAUGGACGGUGCCUCGGCCUUCAUAGUGCCAGCUCUGAGCCUUCUAAGGCAGUCAUCAUUCACUUCCAUGGUGGAGGGUUUCUGGCGCAAACGUCACAGUCACAUGUGAGCUAUCUAAGCCACUGGGCCAACCAGCUCAACGUUCCCGUGGCGUCCGUUGACUACAUGACGGCCCCCGAGCACCCGUACCCACGUGCCGUCAACGACUGUUUCUACGCGUACGCCUGGGUGCUGAGGAACGCCACCAGCCUGGGUACCACUGCCGAGAAAGUCAUCCUGGCCGGCGACUCGGCUGGAGGUAACUUUGUCUUCGGAGUGGCAUUCCUCGCUGCGCAGUACCAGCUUCGGAAGCCGUGUCUGGUUCUGGGCGCGUACCCUGCUCUGAAAAUCUCACUGGAUCUGUCACCGGCACGCUGCCUAAGCGUAAUGGAUCCGCUGUUACCCAUUGGAACGCUGCGGGCAUGUUUGAAUGCGUACCGGGGGAGAGGCAGCACGCCAGAGUAUCACCCGAACACCGGUCACCUGUCACAGCUGCAGUCGGGCAUCCACCACUGUCAUGCCACCAUUCUGAAUGCUUCGCCGGCUUACCUCUCUCCACUGCUGGCCAGUGAUGAGAUGCUGCACAGCUUACCAUCGGUUGCAUUGCUGCCAAGUUCAUUUAACCCCCUCUUGGAUGAUUCCAUCGUCAUGGCGCGUCGUCUGCACGCACUCGGCAAGGAUGUGACACUACGCCCAUUCGACGGAAUAUCCCAUGGCUUCCUCAACUUCCACGCAGUCAGCCGCUUGGCGCAGCAAGCCACCAACGUGUGCAUUGAGUUGAUGGACGCAGCAAUCAAGCAACACGACCAAGAUGUUUAGUCGUGAUACAAGUAGUGCCUAUUGCAGUACGAGAUGUCACCACUCAUGCGUUCUCAGUGCAGCACCGGACAUUUGCCCAUUGGCACUCAUUUUACGAGUAUUGAACUAUUUUUUUAAAUACUUAAGUAAGGUCCAUAAUUAGUUUUAUUCCCGUAGCUAUGCAGAAGACGUUACUGAAGACGUUACUUCAGUAACGUCUGGCGCUAGCCAGGGUCCACACAGCUUUAAUUUGGUGUUUGUGUCACGCCUGGCGCUAUCCCGUAUCUGUCCUGAACCGUACCAUCAAACACAGCUGGCCACAUACAGCUGGCCGCAAUAUUCGAAUAGGGCUUUCAAACGCAAGAUCAUAACGUGAAGCAACUUGGAAGAAUGAGUAUGAAUGCGGAGUGUAUGGGGGAAUGCAUGCAGGGCGACAGUGCGGGUUCGAAUCCCAGGUAAUGCCCGAAAAAAAUAGGAGAAAAAUUUAUAACAUCCCUUUUCUUUUUUUUGCCGUCAUCAAGGCGGUAGACGGUGUCGUAUUACCCUCGACCGUACCUAUCCUGACCGUACCGUACAAUCAAAAACGGCUGGCCACAAUGCAUAUUCAAAUAGGGCUUUCAAAUACAAGAUCAUAACGUGAAGCAACUUGGAAGAAUUAGUAUGUAUGCGAAGUGUAUCGGGGGAUGCAUGCAGGGCGCGCGAUAGUGCGGGUUCGAAUCCCAGGUUUAAUAUGUCUAAAAACAAAAAAGUAGAGACUUAUAAGAAUUUAUAACAUCCCUAUGCUUUUUUUUGUCUAGGUCAUCAAGGCAAAAAAGCAUAGCGUAGGGCCCUGAGCUUCCAAGCUCUCUCGUUACCAAGCAUCAAGUUGAAGUGGUUUGGACAUGUUGCAAGGCAUCAGGAUAGCUACUCCCACUAUUUCUUGGAUGGAAUAGUGCCUGGUUCUUGGCUGCAUGUAGUCUAGCCUAUUUUGCACUAGCGUGACCCAUGCUACCGGCAUACCGACAGCU